UUUACUUCGAGUCUCUCUGACUCUUUGUCAGAUUGUUUCAUCACUUUUAAGACUUUUAUUUAGAGUACAAAGCUGUUCUUAAACUGUUUGUCCUUCACUUGAACAGUAUCUUCUCCCUGUUCUCUUAUCAGAGAGCUUGAGUCAAUCACUGGAUCGCUGCAACACAUUCUUUCCAUUCCCCCGUUUUAGCCUCAGCCGGGAGGAGUACCUCCUCACGGGCCGGGGGGGGGAGGGGGGGGGGAGGCAUCACUCGCUUCGUCAUCGGUGAUGUUUAUUAUUUCUCCUGCUUCACCUCGUCAUCGAGUGGAGGGUUGAUGGGUUUAAGAAAAGCAGCUCGAAGUCGUUUUGCCUAUUCAACGGUUCAGAGAGCAGAGGCUGGUUCCACUCACAGAGAGCUGAGACGUGGAAGAGGGCUGAUGUCUGCACUUCUUCGGAGACAGUGGAGCCCAGAUCCCAUUGUGGGCUAAUUAAAUCCCCACCAUCACCGACACCCCGUCUUCUGUCCCGAGCCGGACGACCUCCUCCUCCUCCUCCUCCUCCGUCCUCUUCCUUCUCAUGACCCUGCGGGGGGAGAGGAGGCCGGGGCAAGCACAGGCGGCCGGGCGGCGCGCUCCUUGACGGGGAGAUGGCGCUCCAGAGGAAGCUGACGCUCUGCGCGCUGACGGUCGGCUUCCUGCUGUGCGUCUACAUGCUGUGUGUGAACCUGGACAAGCCUCUGGCCACGGCGCCCCUCAAGCCCUCCAGCAGCUCCACACGGGCACCCAGCGGCAGCUCCCGGGACUCUGAGACCAGCAGAGACCAGUGGACCCAUCAGCCCCCCGAGCUCUCCUCUGGACCGGCUCCGACUGGGAAGACUCAAACCACCACGGCCGCGCAACGCAAACCAGCAGAGGACGACGCCUCAAAGUCCAGUUCUAGGUCUGAUGGGGCGGACAGCACCAGCACCAGGACCAGGACCGGUACCAAAGGCCCCGUAAUACUGCAACCCAAGCAGAUCCUCCAGACCAACGGGCCAACAGAGUCUCCCUUCAUUGGAGACACUUACAUGAGUGAAGACAUGCCGCCACAAACGGACUGCCCAGGCAGCAUCAGGAGUCGGGUCUCACAGACGGAGUUCAGUGGCCGGUUCCUGAAACACAUCCCGGUCCUGCAGUCGGCCCAACACGCCACUCGUGAACAGCACCAGCGCCUGAGCCGGUACCCAGGAACACACGGCUGGGAGGGAAUCGAUUACGAGACGUUGGUGGAAACUCUGUCCGUCCUCAACUCGUCCGCUAACCGCCGGCUGUUGGACGACUGGAAGCAGCGCGGCAACGACUCUGAGUGCGUCCGCUGUGCCGUGGUGGGCAACGGCGGCAUCCUCAAGGACUCGGAGAAAGGGGAGGAGAUCGACGGCCACCACUACGUCUUCAGGACCAACGGGGCGAUCAUUAAGGGCUUUGAGCCGGACGUGGGGUCUCGCACCACCCACUACACCUUCUCCACCAACACGAUGAGGAACUCCAUGAGGGCCUACGGCGCCGCCGGGUACCGAGGACCCCCUCAGUCGAAAGAAACGCGGUACGUUUUUCUGCCGGAUAACGAACGCGAUUACCUGCUGAUGAAGGCCGCGGCGACACACACUCCGGUGGAGCGAGGACCCGAGCAGGCCAAAGAUCCGUGCAGCUACUUUGGAGAGGACGUGUCGGUGGAGAAGCUGAAGAUGUACCACCCCGACUUCAUCCGUUACCUCAGGAACAGAUUCCUUCGCUCCAAGGUCCUGAAGACCAAAUACAAGGCCGGUUACCGCCCGUCGACCGGCGCCGUGAUGCUGCUGGCCGCGCUGCACACCUGCGACCAGGUGAGCGCGUACGGCUUCAUGACCCCCGACUACAGGAAGUACUCCGACCACUACUACGACCGCAGCUACCGGCCCGUGGGCUUCUUCGUGAACCACGACCUGCACCUGGAGACGAGCCUGUGGCAGCAGCUGCACCGGGCCGGCCUCAUCCGGCUCUACAUGCGCCAGUGACGUCGGGUUCCUCCCGUCGGCAGACAGGAAGUCCCGUUUCUCUCUCAAGACGUCGUUCGGGACUCAAGAACAAAAGAAAGUAGCAGAAGUUUUGUUUUUGUGAAGGAAAACAAAAGAGUAUUUUUGUAUUGACGGCUGCGGUUAUUGUUCAUUAUAUAGAUUUACUUUUCUUUUUCGAGAUUUUGUAAUUCGACAACUAUUGAAUGGAUAACUUUUAAUUCUGCCUCAUUUGAAUGAUGUCAAAUAGUUAAUGACCAUAAAACUACAAAGGGAACGACGUUCCGCUACUUGGUUCAAAGAUGCUAAUAAACAAAAGUAAACGUUU